UGUGUGUAUGUGUGUACGUGUGUAUGUGUGUGCCAGCCCACGCGAGAGCUCUCCAAGCCCAUGGAGCGAUGACGAUCAGAGCGGGACUCGGCCGAGUGUGACUCGUGGACAGCGACAAGUGGACUCUCUCAUCUCGUCCUCUAUUACACAACAACAACCACAACAACAGCAGCAGCUAUAGCUUGCUACUAGCCUCAAGUCUCUUCCUUGACAGCAACAACAACAGCAGCAGCAGCAAGACGAACCACCACGCUCCGCGGGACACGGGAGCUGCUCUUGACAGAAGGCGACAACACCCAGCCGAGUGAUCCAGGUGCUGGCUUGAGACCUGUGGAACCCAGAGGAGGAGGGGGAAGUGUAGGCAGAGGGGAGGGAGCGAUGGCGCUUCUGCUCCGCAUCAGCUUCCUCACGUGUGAUGGCUGUCGCAUGUCUCGCCCGGAGGCCUCCUCGGCCCAGCCGUACUGCGCCGUCAACAUCCGCCAGGCCGUGCCCAAUGAGCGAGGCGGCGUCACCUACAUCCAAAACAAGCCGACCAUGUACCCUCGCUGGGAGACCAAGUUCAACACCCUCCUGCACGACGAGCACCUGCUGCAGGUGAUCGUGAUGAGCGCGGCAGGGCGGCCGAUUUCCGACACCGAGGUGCCGCUCCAGUCGCUGGUGCAAAAAUGCCGGAACUCCGCCGAGGGCAUCGCGGAAUUCUGGCUGGACUUGAAGCCCCAGGGCCGGGUGCUCACAACCGUGCAGUGCUUACAGGACAGUGAAGAUGAGAGUGCGCGAGCAGAGGCCCGCGGGCCGCUCAAGAAGCGCCGCGGUGCCAUCAAGCAGGCCAAGGUGCACCACGUCAAGGGCCACCAAUUCACCGCCACCUUCUUCCCACAGCCCACGUUCUGCUCGGUCUGCAAGGAGUUUGUGUGGGGCCUCAACAAGCAAGGCUACCAGUGCCGAGAAUGCAAUGCCGCGAUUCACAAGCGCUGCAUCGACAUUGUACUGGCGAACUGCACGGGCUCAGCGGAGAACAGCAGCGAAACUCAGAUCAUGAAGGAGCGCUUCAAGCUGGACGUCCCCCACCGCUUCCGCGUAAACUCCUACAUGAGCCCCACGUUCUGUGACCACUGCGGCACGCUGCUGUGGGGCCUGGCUCGCCAGGGCCUGAAGUGCGACGAGUGUGCCAUGAAUAUCCACCACAAGUGCAAGGGCAAGGUCGCAAAUCUGUGCGGCAUCAACCAGAAGCUCAUGGCAGAGGCCCUCGCUCAGAUAGAAGCUCAGCAACAGGUGCGGAAGGAGCGGAACAGCGUGUGCCUGGGGCCUAGCGGGGUAGAGGCUGGCCAUGGUGGUUGUGAUGCUGCUACAUUCGCUGGGCCCUGCCCCUCAGCUCCCCCGCUGGCGGAACUCUCCGGAGCCUCCGAUUUCGACCGCUCGCAGGUUUCCUGGGAGGGCCCCAUCGUGGGCCCCCAGGGCAGCCGCCAACCCCAGCCACGGCAACAGCCUCCUGGCAGCCGGGGGUCAGGGAGCCUCCAUGGUCCCCCGCGCCUGUCCCCCUCGGACUUUUCCUUCAUCAAGGUGCUGGGCAAGGGCAGCUUUGGAAAGGUAAUGCUGGCGGAGAUGAAGGGCCCGCGGAGCCCGGUCGCCACGUACUUUGCCGUCAAGGUCCUCAAGAAGGACGUGGUGCUGAUGGACGACGACGUGGAGUGCACCAUGAUCGAGAAGAGGGUGCUGGCCCUGGCCUGGGAGCACCCCUUCCUCACCCACUUGUGUGGCACCUUCCAGACCAAGGAGCACCUGUUCUUCGUCAUGGAGUACCUCAACGGCGGAGACCUCAUGUUCCACAUCCAGGAGAAGGGGCGCUUUGACCUACCCCGGGCCACAUUCUAUUCUGCUGAAAUCAUCUGUGGCCUUCAGUUUCUGCACUCCAAAGGCAUCAUCUACAGAGACCUGAAGCUGGAUAACAUCCUGCUGGACCGCGACGGGCACGUGAAGAUCGCCGACUUUGGGAUGUGCAAAGAGAAUGUGAGCGCUGAGACGCUCGCCUCCACCUUCUGCGGCACGCCCGACUACAUCGCGCCCGAGAUCCUACUGGGCCACCCAUACGGGCGCUCGGUGGACUGGUGGGCCCUGGGGGUGCUGCUCUACGAGAUGCUGGUUGGGCAGUCGCCCUUCUACGGCACCGACGAGGAGCAGCUGUUCGAGGCGAUCCGCGUGCACACGCCGCACUACCCUCGCUGGCUCAGCGAGCCCUCCCGAGAUAUCCUCACGCAGCUGUUUGAAAGGGACCACUCUAAGCGACUCGGGGUGGUGGGGUCCAUACGGAUGCACGUGUUCUUCAAAACCAUCGAUUGGCAGGCGCUGGAGAUGCGUCAGAUCAUUCCUCCCUUCCGACCCAAAGUGAGAUCGGCCAACGACUGCAGCAACUUCGACCAGGAGUUCCUAAGCGAGAAGCCGCGUCUGUCCUUUGGCAACAAGGAGCUCAUCAGCUCCAUGGACCAGUCGGUGUUCCAUGGAUUCUCCUUCACCAGCCCCAUGGUGGAGACGCUGGGGGAGAAAUGACAUCGCCAACCUGGUCGCUCGUCAGCAUGCCAGGGCCGACGGGGUUGGUGGAUGGGGGGCGGGGGUGUUUAGACGAUGGUGACGAUGGUGGUGAUGAUAGUGAUGACG